AUGUCCAACAUCUUCAACACCCUCAAGUCCAAGGUUGGCGGCAACAAGAGCAACGAAGACGAGCAGCAAUUCUCCAUCCAGCCGCACCCAGCCAAGACGAACGAUCCCGCCGAUCUCCAGCGCGAUCAGCUUGGUGGCGGCCUUAACUCGCAGCAUGAACCUGCCGGCGCAUUCCACGCGCGUGGCCCCUACCAACCUCCCUCGCACAUCACGAACAACAUGGAGCAGCCCGCCUCUCGCGAUGAGCUGCGUGCCCGCCAGGCCGAGCUGAACAAGUAA